AUGUCCCUGCGUUAUCAUUCAAUUACCAAAUCGUUCCUCUUCACUUCUUCGAUCCGAACAUACUCAAAUCUACCAACUGGAUACACAAAACCACAUGCAUUAUUGUUAAAAUUAAUAACAGAAGAUCUCCCACUUACUUCAGAAUCUAAAAAAUAUUUUAGAGAAUACUGGAGAAAAAUAAUACCCGAAAAUCAAAUUUUACCAGAAAACACAUUACUUAACACUAUUCCAAUUAAAACAUUUGCCACGUUUAUUCAAAACUAUAAAAAAAAAUCCUCAACAGUAAGGGCAGCUUAUAGAAAAGAGUUACUUCUAAACUACAUAAAAAAUCCAGAAAAUGUAAGAAGCCUACUAACAAAUUUGGGUUUCACUUUCAAGGAAAACUUCACUAGCGAUGAGAUACUGAGCAUUUCUAUCAUGGACUCUUUGCGAACAGGAGAUGUCAACAUUGCAGCAGACCUUUAUUUGUUAUACUACAAACUAUUUCCAAACGCACCACUCAAUAAAAAACUUUGCUCCUAUGUAAUAUCGGCACUGGCGUUUGAAAAUCCAAAAUUCGAUCACAUUCAUCUACUCAAAUUUCUACUCCUUUACAAAUUAUUCAAAUCAUACAACACACACCUGUUACUUUCUGAAAUACAAAUUGUAACCCUUUGCAAUAAAGCUCUUUCAUUGGAAAAUUCACCUAUACUAAUAAAAGAGGUUCUUAGCAAGCUUAUGGAUAUAGAAUUAAUCUCCACUGAUCCUCUUAGGAAGAGUAAAUUAAUUUCGGCAUAUCAUCUUAUAGAAACGGAUUAUAAAAUAAAUAACGCCGCAGGAGUACUUCUCACCUGGGCCAACAUUAAAAAUGAAUACAAUUCAAUUACAAAGCACGAUCCCAGGAUUUUACACAUAAUUAUGAAAAUUUUUACUCAUAAUAAAGCAUACAGAAAAAACUUCAAAGAGCUGUUUGAUCAUCUAACACCUGAAUACUACUGUAAUAACCCAUUAAUACUACCUUCAAUAAUUGACUUUGCAACAAAAACUAACGAUUUGAUAAUGGCUAAAAAAGUAAUGAAUAAUGCCAACAAAUAUGUUUUUCAAAAAAAUUCCCAGGUAGUGCUGUUCAGCAAAAGAUGCCUUUCCUCCUUACUAAGAAUGCAUUUAAAAUUUAAAGAUUCUCAAGGAGUUGAUAGAGUUUUGAAGCAAAUACUAGAAAUUUUUGGUAAGCACUCAGAAGAGAACUUAUUUGCCAUCAUUUCACAUCUACUGAGUAUCAAGACCUUAGAAAAUUUUAACAAAGCAAUAAAACUUGUUAAUUCUAUACCGCAAGAGCGAGCAUUAUUAUCAUAUGGCGCUAUAAUAAAUAAGAUGGUCGAAUGGCAAAUAGCAUCAAAUGGUAAAUUUGAUCAAAAAUCAAUGCCUUUAAUGAAUGAGCUGCUUUCCAAAGCUCAUACUCUCGAUCCUUAUCACAAAAACUCGCUUUGGACAAUUGUAGCAUCUCUUUUUAUUAAAAAAAUUGUUCAUCGUAAAAACCUUCAAAAGAAGGUAAAUCCAAAAGAGCCUUCUAAAAUGAUUUUUAAUACAACCUGCUUAGAUCUCGCAAGACUGAUAUACAAGAGAAGUAAUUCUACUACUUUAAGCGCCUCAAAAACUGACCAUAAUCCAUUCACCAAUUCAUCACCACAAAGAAUCCUUCUUAAAUUAACAAACAACAAUAAAGUGGUUAUUUUAAGAAAUAUAGCAUCGAGCGCAAUAAAAGGUAAACGCAAAGAUAUAUUCCUCUGGUGCUGCUCAGAACUUUACGAAAACGGUAUACCCAUCACUGAAUUAGUCCUUGGUUGGAACAUGAUGUUGAAGCACAGAUUUAGGUUUACUCAAUUUCCAAACAAAAGUAUGAUAGAGGAAGAUUUAUCAAUAAAUGGACUGCCAAUUAUUUCAAAAGCACUUAAAUAG